AUGUUCUCUUCGGACACAGAUUAUUGGGUGAUUGGGAAAGUGACUUUUGACACUGGCUCCAUGUACAACUGGAUAACCAAGAACUUUUUUUUAGAAAAGCGACUGGGCGCCUCCUACCGCACCUUACCAGGAGGUCGCAGUCACGCAUUCGUAGCCUUUUCCGGCCAUCUCGUCGUGCCGCUUGGCUUCGUCAACUUGACGUGGUACGAGGCCGAUGGAGCUGGUCGCACAACCUACAAAACCCAAUCUUUUGUAUGCGAACAAGAAGAGCGAUUGUUCGAUGUGAUAUUCGGUAGUAGGACCAUUUUCCAGCAGAAGAUACUCUCGUGGCAACUUAGUACGAUUUGGCCCACCCAACGAGCCCAGGCGGGACUGGCGCCGUUGUUCUCAGAAGCCAGGCGCCGCGAAGAGCGACUUCAGGCGCAAACAAGACUGGAACGUCAACCUUUGCAAGACCGUACCAGACAGCUCCGAGAGAAGGUGCGGCAGCAGAGAGCGGACAGGGUCUUUCUCCAAAAAACAGACCCGAGCCGGGCGACUUCUAUGAGAACCGUGCUUUCAACACCGAGGCUACCACACAGCGGCUUCAAAGAAUUGGCAGCCAGCUCGGCUAUCAACAGGAACUCCUACCAACAAGCGAAGCAACGCGGAAAGCUUGGGCUCGCGGUCGCCCAGGCGCCUCUGAGGCGUCUGCCAACACCAAGUGCUGAUCACAUAUAUCCGGAAACUCCGAGAGCAGGAAGGAGGCACAACAAUGACCGAGGGCAGAUGCAACCUGAGACCAGAGAUGAUGGAUAUGACGCCACCACACCAACGGGAGCGAUCCACGGACACGCCUCGAGCCAGCCCACGGCCGACGCUGGCUUCCGCUCCAGCACCUCGGGCAAUUCUGGAAACGGGACGUCUUACAUGAACGCGAUGCGAGACACGCCCGCGACCAGUACGAGCCAGCCCGCAGAUCGAAAUGGUGGCACGUCACCGACUAUACCAGCAGCCCAUACGGACGGCGCGACGGCGUCAGGCAAUGGGACCAAAAGUCACGCGACGGAUUCCAGAACCCAAAGGCGACGAUUCUGGCCUUUUGGGAGGAAGAAAAUCCGGGUUCACCUCACUUCUUCUUCUACUUCUCCUUUCGUUGUUGCCAAGGGUUGA